AGUGAAAUGGCGAAGAAAAAGAAGAGAGACGACUCGGAAGCACAAACGAAAACACGAGCACAUGAUGCAGGAGAGGAUAUCAGAGCAGCAACCGAGUUGGAGCUUGCCAACGGAGGAGACUCUCACGAGAAGAGAAAGAAGAAGAAAAAGAAGAGAGAGAAGGAGCAAAACAAUAAUAUCGAACCAAAUGAGUUACCCACAGUCAGCAUUGCCUUGCCCGGUUCGAUAAUCGACAACGCCCAGUCUCUGGAACUGGCCACCCGAUUGGCUGGUCAGAUUGCCCGCGCCGUAACCAUUUUCCGAAUAGAUGAGGUUGUUGUAUUUGACAACAAGGGCACAUCAGUGGAUGAUCCUAGUGUUCCAAUGGUGGACAAUUCAGAUGAGGAUGAAAGUGGUGCAGCUUUUCUCAUAAGGAUCUUGAGGUACCUUGAGACGCCACAGUAUCUGAGGAAGGCUCUUUUCCCCAAGCAUAACAGCUUAAGAUUUGUGGGUUUGUUGCCCCCGCUUGAUGCCCCUCAUCAUUUGCGUAAGCAUGAAUGGGCUGCAUUUCGAGAAGGAGUCACAUUAAGGGAACAGGCUCCAAAUUCUGCAGGAACACUCGUUGAUGUGGGGUUAAGUAAGAAUGUAGUAAUUGAUCAAGUACUUGAACCUGGAGUCAGAGUAACUGUAGCUAUGGGAACCAACCGCAAUUUGGAUAUUGACCUACUACGCCAAGUUGUUUCAUCCUCCAAGCCUAGGGAGGAAGGUAGAAUGUACUGGGGUUAUAAAGUGCGAUAUGCUUCCAAUAUCAGUUCUGUCCUCAAGGACUGCCCGCACAAGGGCAGAUAUGAUCACCUGAUUGGUACCUCCGAGCAUGGUCUGACUUAUAAGUCUUCAGAACUUACUCUACCUUCUUUCAGGCACCUAUUAAUUGCUUUUGGUGGACUUGCUGGGUUGGAAGAGAGUAUUGAAGAAGACAAGAGCUUAAAGGGGAAAAAUGUGCGAGAAAUAUUUGAUUCAUACUUGAACACGUGUCCUCGUCAAGGAAGCAGAACCAUUCGAACAGAGGAAGCUAUCUUUAUAUCGCUUCAGUAUUUUCAAGAGCCAAUCGAUCGUGCAUUGCAGAGAUUUGCUCUGCAAACUUAGUGGCAUAAAGUUGUCAAAGGGGUAAACAUUGAAGACUUUGAGAACCAUGGAACGAAUUUGGUGCUCUCAACUCAUGACCCUGUAGACAGCCUUGCUGAAACUGAUGAAACAGGAUCAUGAAUGAUAGGAGCCGACGAUUUUUUUGGGUUUGGGAUCUGGGAUCUGGGAUCUAUCAACCUGGUUCUGGGAUUACAGCAGUUUUUAAUGUAUGCGUCCGAGAUUUGCAAAUGUCAACUAGUAGGCAUGAAAGUGCUAGUAUGGGUGUAUGAAAGUGUUGUGACUUAUUGAUAUAAAUCUGCUAAUGCAAGGGUGAAAUGCUAUUUGCACUAAUGCAAAACUCGAGAUUGAAU